UGUUUCACUGUGACAUUUUGACAAAAUAGACAACAUAUUAAAACAAUGUUUUGUCCACCGCCCGAAGAAGAAUCACAAAUUGUACAAAUCGUUGCACCUAAGAAAAGAACACGAAAAGUCAAAAAGAAAAAUAAGAAACAUAAUAAUAAAAAGGAAGCAAAGAAAAGGCAUACGAAAUUUGCUAACACAAUGUCUGCCUGGGCAGAAAAUUACGCUGUUGCUGCGACCUGGCAAUUGAAACACCAGGUAGCGUAUUGGAAAGCGCGGGCAAAAGCGUUAGAAUAUGAAAACAAAGUCUUACAUGAUGUCAUUCGUAGGAAUAAAUUUACAGUUCGCUCCAGUGCUAAUACGGAAAGUGAAACCAGAACAGAAACAGAAUUAGAUGAGUCUGAAACAGAAAGUGACGCUGAUGAAAAUAUCGAAGACGAUAAUGGUUUAGAAGUAAGCGAAGAGUUUAUUCAAUUUUUAACUGCAAAUGCAAAGUUCAAAGAAGAAGCGAAACGUGAGCGAGAACGUUUAAAAGCAAAAACAGAGGAAGAAAAUGAGAUAGAUAUGCAAGAAGCGCCGCGUGAAACAGUUGAAGAGGCUAGAGACCGAAUGAAGGAAUUGUAUGGUAAUAAAUGGCAGCGAAUAUCAGCUUUAGAGAUGUCUUUGUUAUCUAGUUUUGUACAUGAGUCUGAUAAGAAUAAACCAAUGUAUUGGCCAAACAUACCGUUCAAUUUUAAUAACAGCUGAAAGUUACUGAAAUUUAGAGAUUGUCAUUACUACUUUUAGAUAGGAUGUUGUGUACAUUAAAGUAAUGUUUUUGUAAAGAAUUUUAGUAUGUAACGCUCAUGCCUAGACUGUAAAUAAAUGUUUUGGUAAUCUCAACUUGUUAAACUGAUAUUAUUUGAAAUAUACAAUAUACAAGUACUUUUUAUUGUUA